AUGUCUUCGUACUACGAACCUCAGGGCUGGCAGGCGCCUGCCGCUGCGCCGCGCCAGGUGUCGUGGGAGCAGCCCGUGCCGCCCUCUCGGUCAGGCUCCAGCUCGGUCUCCCAGCGUGAGGACAGCCCGGCUUUUUCCUCUCAAUUUGACGAGGUUGAUCGUGCGAUCGACAAUCUGGUCAAGAGCGGGAAGCUGUGGAAUGCUCCCCGCCGGGACUCGAUGCCCAUGAUGAUGGGCCGUCCCUACCCUGAAUACGACCCUCGCAUGGGUGGCGGCCCUCAGCGACACCACUCGGUCAGCGAAUUCGAGGGCUCUCGGGCGCACCCGUCCGGCAAUGUGCAGGGCUUCUACGCCUCGCAGCGUUACCAGGGUCGUCCGAAUGAAGUAGAGCAAAUGAUGCAGGCGAAGCGUCGGAUGGCGGCACAGCGUGAACGGGAGCUCCGCAACUAUCAUCAGGAGCAGCAGUACAACCGAAGCCUCCUCGCCGAGAUGUCUGCAAACAAGUCCGAUCGCUCUACCAGCCCCGCUGCAGUGAGUGAAGAAUCCCGUCGCGAGCUUCUCGCCCGUCAGCACCGAACCCUCUAUGGAAACGAGAGUCCCGCCUUCUUCCCCCCGGGCCCUCUGUCCGAUGAGGCUGCUCGCUCCGAGAGCCAGCCCGCUGGCACUCCGUCUUCCGGAGUUCGUGGUGCCUCUCCUCGUGGAGUGGACCCGUUCGGCCUGACGCAGUCUGGAUCUGCUGCUGACAGUGCCUCCGGCUUCCAGUCUCCCUCUCGCGCGAACAGCACCUCCUCGCCUAGCUCCGCUAUCAACGCCGGCUUCCCCGAACAGCCUGUCACCUCGACCUCCUCGCCCGGUGCCGACUCGCCUUCCUCCCGUCAGCCUUCCUCCAAGCCCAACACCGGCCCCAUCGGCUCAUCUGUUGGCCCUAUCGGUUCUCGCCCCAUUGGAGGUCAACCCGCUGUUCCCUCCCCCAACCCAGCGCUGAACAACGCCAAGCGCUCGACCACCCCUCUCCCCUCGCCUCUGGGCUUCGGCUUCACUCCCGGUGAAGCUGCCGCCGCUGGCGAACGCUCCACCUCCGCUGCCUCCAACCCAGCUGCAACUGCUUCUGCUAAUGGACCUGGUCCCAAGGACGGCGGUGUCGGUCUGGGCUGGAGCAACGGCAGUGGCGUCUGGGGCUCCAAGAGCGGACUCGGCGUUCAGGCCUCCGUGUGGGGUUAA